UCACACAAUUCUUUUGUUUACAUUUUCUGGUUCGUGACGUUUUAGGUUAUUUCAACUUUACAAAUUUACAAAUUCGGAAGACUUUGAGCGUUGUUUUGUUUUUUGUGAAAACUGAUAAAAAAAGUUAUAAAUUAAAGAAAAAAAUGAGGUGUGCAGUGGUUAAUUGUGCUAGUGUAAGUGCCAAAGGAUCUGGGUGCGCUUUUUUUACUUUUCCGGCCGACAUUGAGUUGGUGGAAAAGUGGAUCCAGUUCUGCCGGAGACCAACGAUUUUCAACGCCCGAACCAGCGUCAUCUGUGUAAAACACUUCACCACUGAUGACUUCGAGAACGAGCUUCAAUAUAAAAUGGGCUACGCUAAAAAGCGUAAACUAAAGCGGGGCGUUGUGCCGACAAUUUUCAAGCCUGCUGCGGAAAUGCCAGAUCCUGACAAGGAAGCCCAGCAGCAAGUGUACAAAACCAUUGUGAGCGAUCUACUGGAGCAGUCCACUUCCAAAGAAGCCGAAGGUCUUAUGGGCCAUAACCGCGCGGACGAGGAGAACUGUGGCAUAUUGCCAGAUGCCUUGACGCCUCUGUGUUCCCCACAUCGUGCCACAACACCUAGCAAGGUGUUUUACUAUGACAGCACGCUUAAGGAGGUUGAGGAUCUGCAAGAAAAAUUGUAA